AUGCACUACUGGCACGUCGCGCCCGAGAAUGGAACGAUUCUCUUGCAGCUCUUCUACGCGGUGCAGAUGUUGUACAUCCUGAUCCAGGUGUUCGCCAAGAUGUCGAUUCUCCUCUUCUUCUCUCGCAUCUUUCAGGUGCGGUGGUUCCUGGUGACGGUGCGCGCCUUCAUCGCCUUUCUCAUAUUGCAUGGGCUGUUGUUCGUGCUGCUCGUGGCGUUCCAGUGCAUGCCCGUGUCUUCGGUAUGGGACCGGAGCAACGACAACCGCACAUGCAUCAACAUGACGGCAGUCGGUUACGCCGGCGCAGCCUUCAGCAUCAUCGAGGACCUCGUCAUCAUGGCGCUGCCCAUACCCGAGUUGUUGAAGCUGCAAUUGACGAAGAAGAAGAAGAUUGCGCUGGCCAUUAUCUUUUCCCUGGGCUCUUUGUAA